AACUAAGGGCAGCGCAUGCGCAGAAUCGGCUUGACGCCUUGGGGCGGGGUUUCCGGCUACGUACGCGCAUGGGCUACGCGUACGGCCCCGGAAGGUGCGUUCGUUGCCGGCCCGCGCGGCGCGCCGGGAGCCUGGAAGCCUUUCGGGCCGGGACGUGCGGCGGCGCGCUGGGUUCAUCCGGAAUUGUAUGUUGACAAAUCAAGGGGAGCUGAACUGAAGGGCGUGGGCAGGCCAGAGAGACUGGAAGCCUCGGCUGUUCUGUGCGGAGAAGCUGUCAGCCUUCUAAGAGAGCAUGUAGCCAGCAAGCGCAUCGUGGUGCUUCGGUACCAAGCUGAUACCACAGGCCUCCAUCUUUUUUGUGAAGAGGGAUCACAAGGAAAUGUGGUGCUGUUGAAGGGGGAAAGGUGGCGGGGGAAGAGUGCUGUGAGUCCUGACAAAUUUGGGAAGAGCCAGAGGGAAACUUUUCAUCCUGAGAUACAAAAGGGACCUGUGAAUUUUAAAUUUGGAGUCCUUUAUGCUAAGGAUGGGCAGCUUACAGAUGAUGAAAUGUUCGGCGAAGGUAAGUUUUUCACCUUUUCCUUGGCUGAAGGUUGCAUAAAACAUUGAGCUUCCCUGUGAGUACAAACAUUCACAGUCAUAACCCUCUUAGAAUUCAUCUUGGGAGCCUUGAAGAUUUGUAUAUAAAUCAAAUUGUUAUACUGAAUAAACGGUUUCUUUUUUUCUAG